ACUUAUCUAGAUAUGUGUUGUUUUGGCGGCAUUCAAAACAUUUUUCAAAAUAGAAAUGAAUUUCUUCCAAAAAGUGCCAAAAAUCGAGCUCCAUGCUCACCUCAAUGGAUCGUUAAGUAACCACACGUUAGCCGAGCUUAAAGAGCUGAAGUAUGGGGCCAGCGAAAUAUCCGACAGCGAUGAGUAUUGCUUUUAUAAAAUAACCAACGGGAGUAAUCUUACUUUGAAAGAAUGCUUCCAAAAGUUCAAAUACGCUCAUGAUCUCACGGACCAACCGGAAACCCUGGCAUAUGCCACCAGAAAAGUCAUUGAAGAGUUCGCUGCCGACAACGUGGUAUAUCUGGAGCUGAGAACAACCCCUAAAAGCACUUCCAGCAUGAGCAAGCGUGUCUAUCUAGUCAUUGUGCUGGAAGCUAUAAGAAAAUCGAACCAGGAGAUCCCAACCAUCACAGUGAAAUUGAUCCCAUCAAUCGAUCGCUCGAAAGGGCUUCGCGAAGCGGAGGAAAAUGUUGCUCUGGUGUUGGAACUAGCCAAAAUUUACCCGGACAUUAUUAAAGCGAUGGAUUUGAGCGGAGCUCCAUUUGGGACCAAAUUUUCCGACUUCAGAGGAUUCCUCAGCAAAGCCCAAGCCGGUGGACUGAAAAUGGCCCUCCACUGUGGAGAAUUCGAUGACGAUGGCGAGGUGCAGGAGAUGUUCGAGUUCGGAACCGAUCGCAUCGGACACGGAACGUUCGUGAGGGGCGAGAGUCUUCAAUUUGCCAAAACCAAUCGAAUCCCGUUCGAAUGCUGUCUUACCAGCAAUGUCAAGUGUAGCACCGUGCGGUCGUUUGAAGAGCAUCACUUUAAGGCGCUUUGGAGCGAAGCAUUCGCUGUUUGCAUUUGUACCGAUGACUUUGGAGUGUUCGAUACGAGUUUGUCGAAAGAAUUGGAGAUAUGCUCCAAUGUUUACGGACUGACUACACAGGAUAUUUUAAAGCUUCAAAGACAAACGAUUGAUUAUACUUUUGCAAGCGACGACGAGAAGCAGUUCUUAGCUAGGAUUUUCGACGGUUUCAGCGAUUCACUAAAAGCUGAUUAAUUCGCAAUGGUUUUCUGUUCUUUUUAUUAUUAUCCUCUAUUAGUUACAUGUGUAUCUUCUAUGCCCUUUUUCAAUUACAUUUGAUUCGUUAGAAUCAACUAAUUAUCUA